AUGUCAGUGGAGAUAAUAGAAGCUCAGGAGCAGCUGCAGCGGGCUAGGGACAACUUGCGCCAUGUUGAGGAGGGGAUUAAGAAAACUGCUACAUCUUCAAAUCUUAGAUUUGGAGAUAAGGAUGCGGGCAGGGGUAGACCUGGCAGGGGCAGACCUGGACGCUUAAUGGGUCGUCUUGGUGGCGUCCAGAGGUUCCGGGCAGAGAACGAUAACAGUGUGGACAGUGAGCCCCCUCUCAAGAAAUCCCUAUCCUCCGUGGCAAGCAGGUUGGGUCCCUUGAACAUCGAGAACAAACCUGACAAUGAUAAUGACGAUGACGCUCCGACUCUGAAAUCGACUGUUACCUUGAGCCAGAUACAAGAUAGAGAUUCUGCUAGUUCUAUUGUAAAUGAUGCAAAAACUCUGAACAGGUCAAAGCGUUUGUUUGGUAGCCUUUUGAUGGGUACCUUGCGUCAGUUCAAACAAGAAAAAGAGAAAACCAAAUCAUCGGAGUCAAAGCAAGCAAAAAUGUGGGACAAGAUAAAUCAGAAGGAAGCGGAGCAGGUAGCCUUGACAGCUGCAGAUAGGAGACGGUUGGAGACGGCCAAGGACGAGGUUAACCAAGAGAUUCGGCUUCUGGAGGAGAAGAUGGAACUUGCAGAGAUGGUGAGUUGA